AUGGUGUCGAAUCCCCGGACGUGGUCCUUCACCAUCGACCGCUACAUAAACCCCUUCAUCCCACCUCCACCAUGGCACCUCAUCCCGUCCCCCAUCGCCCGCUUCCUGGGCCACCGACCGCCAGGCUAUAAGCCCGCCGAGGUGGGCAACCUGCAGCCCAUCUUCUGGGCCUUCAUCGGCAUCUUCUGCGGCGUCGCCCUCAUCGAAGGCGUCGACAUGCACGUGCCCUCCUUCCAGGCCCGAGACGCCCCCCUCAUCGUCGGCUCCUUUGGCGCCGCCGCCGUCCUCGAGUUCUACGCCAUCGACUCGCCCCUCGCCCAGCCGCGCAACGCUGUCCUCGGCCAGCUCAUCUCCGCCUUUACCGGUGUCGCCGUCUGCAAGCUGUUCCUCCUCGGCGACUUUGACCAUCUCCGCUGGCUGGGCGGUGCCAUUGCCUGCGCGGCGGCUACGGCGCUCAUGGCCCUGACAAAGACUGUCCAUCCACCCGCGGGUGCGACGGCUCUGCUCGCGGUGACGGAUCCGAAGAUUGUGAAUCUGGGCUGGUUCUACCUGCUCAUCAUUUUGCUCGGGUGCAUGCUCAUGCUCGCCGUCGCCAUGCUCAUCAACAACAUUGGUCGGCGGUUCCCGCUGUACUGGUGGACGCCUGAGGACGUCGGGCGCAAGAAGCCCGGGCAGCACCCCAUGUUUGAGCGACGGGCCAGCUCAAUCAAAAGCCAGAAGCACGCGUCGCACGACCGUGAGAGCGAGAAGGGGGAUGUGGAGGCGGAUGCUGGCUUGCCAGACAGGGUGGAGGGCUCUGGGCACGAAGAGUCGCCAGACCUUGAACAGUCCGAGGUGGUCAUCCGCCCAGGCCAGGUGUCCGUGCCAGAGCACAUGUAUCUGACGCAGGAAGAGAAGACGCUGUUGGAGAUUUUGAGCCAACGCUUGUAG